UAAGUUGCAUCCUCCUCAGUCCUCAACAAACAAACAUCAAAACGCGUAGCAUCAAUCAUCAUCUCUUUCAUCAUCACUUCUUCACCAUCAACACUCUCUCUUUCAGUUUUCCACUUCAUUCUCCUUCGCCACCUUCAACAAUGGCGUCACACCCCUCUCUCACUCUCCUCAUUCUCAUCUUCUUCUUCAACUUCCGCAGCUCCACAGAGGAAUACCUCAAGCUCCCAUUAGUAAAGAGAAACCCACUAUCUUCACCAUCUCACCUUCUCGCCGCCGACAUCCAACGCCUCAACACCCACCACCACCACCACCCCAGCAACAUCAAGUCCCCCCUCGUCUCCGGCGCCUUCACCGGCGCCGGCCAGUACUUCGCCGACCUCCGAAUCGGCUCCCCACCGCAACGCCUCCUCCUCGUCGCCGACACCGGCAGCGACAUCGUCUGGGUCAAAUGCUCCGCCUGCAGAAACUGCUCCAACCACCCACCCGGAUCCGCAUUCCUCGCCCGCCACUCCAAAACCUUCUCCAACCACCACUGCUCCGCCACCUCCUGCCGCCUCCUCCCUCACCCGAAAACCGCCCCGCCCUGCAACAACCACACCCGCUCCUGCCACUACGAAUACUCCUACGCCGACGGUUCCCUAACCGCCGGUCUCUUCUCAAAGGAAACGACGACGUUCAACACGAGCUCCGGCAAGGAAGUGAAAUUGAAGAAUCUGAACUUCGGGUGCGGGUUUCGGAUCUCCGGCCCGAGCGUAACCGGAGCAAGCUUCAACGGCGCGCAAGGAGUAAUGGGCUUGGGCCGUGGGCCCAUAUCAUUCAUCUCUCAACUGGGUCGAAGAUUCGGGAACAGCUUCUCUUACUGUCUACUCGACUACACCAUAUCACCGCCUCCGAAGAGUUACCUCACCAUCGGCGACGUCGUUUCGCAGAAGCUAAGUUACACUCCGUUGCUAAACAACCCUCUCUCUCCCACUUUUUACUAUAUUGCCAUCGAAGAUGUAACCGUCGACGGCGUAAAACUACCGAUAACCGCUUCCGUUUGGGAAAUCGACGACCAGGGUAACGGCGGCACCGUCGUGGACUCCGGCACCACGCUGACUUUCUUAGCUGAGCCAGCUUACCGGCAGAUCCUGGCCGCGUUUCGGCGGCGCGUGAGGCUUCCGGCGGUGGAGGAUCCUUCCCUGGCGUUCGACCUCUGCGUGAAUGUCUCCGGCGUGGCUAGGGUGAAGUUCCCGAAGCUGAGGAUUGGUCUUGCCGGGAAAUCGGUGUUGUCGCCGCCGGCGAGGAACUAUUUCAUUGAGGUGGCGGAUCGGGUCAAGUGUUUGGCGAUCCAACCCGCGAAACCGGGUUCCGGGUUUUCGGUUAUAGGGAAUCUUAUGCAACAAGGUUACUUGUUUCAAUUUGAAGUGGACAGGUCUCGGGUCGGAUUCUCGCGACGCGGGUGUGCGGUUCGUUGAAAACCCGAACCGGUUUUAUUUUUGCUAUUGCAACAUUUUUUGGAGGGCAUUUUGGUUGGUUUGGAUCAUUAUGGAGGAAAUGUGGGUGGAAAAAUGUUACUAUUGCAAUGUAUUUUUAUAAAACAUUUUUUUGGUUUUUAUUUUUUUUUCUGAAUUUUGUGAUGUGUUGUAGUGUAGCCCAGAGGGGAAGAGAAAAUGACAUGGUGGUGGAGCUAUGUUGUAAAUAACUAUAAGUUAUUUCAAGUUUGUCUUAUUUUCUCAUCAAGGAAUCAUUCAUUUACAGUAAUGAUCACAUGUACUUUGUACAAUUGAACAAGGAAACAAUGAAUUGCUUGUUAGUUUAUGAGGAAUUUUUAGCCAAUAAAUUUGAUGUGAUUAAUCUUUUGA